GACCCACCAUUCAAGAAUGUGGCACGAAACCAGAACAUGUGUGUAUCAACCAAGGAUGUGGCACUAACCCAGAACAUUGACACGCCUACCAAGGAUGUGACACCACCCCAGAACAUUGACACACCAACCGAGGAUGUGGCACCACCCCAGGACAUUGACACACCAACCAAGGAUGUGGCACCACCACAGGACAUGGACACACCAACCAAGGAUGUGGCACCAUCCCAGAACAUUGACACACCUACCGAGGAUGUGACAUCACCCCAGAACAUUGACACACCAACCAAGGAUGUGACACCACCCCAGAACAUUGACACACCUACCGAGGAUGUGGCACCACCACAGGACAUUGACACACCAACCAAGGAUGUGGCACCACCACAGGACAUGGACACACCAACCAAGGAUGUGGCACCAUCCCAGAACAUUGACACACCUACCAAGGAUGUGACACCAACCCAGAACAUUGACACACCUACCAAGGAUGUUGCACUAACCAAGGAUGUGACACCAACCCAGAACAUUGGCACAACUUCCACAGAUAUUUCACCUGCCAAAGAUCUAAGAAAAGGUACACUAUCCUUAGAGGAGACCACUUCACUACUCCAUGACAUCAUCAUGGACAAGUUACCUGAACUUGAGGAUGACAUCAUCGUGGACAAGUUACCUGAACUUGAGGAUGACAUCAUCAUGGACAAGUUACCUGAACUUCAGGAUGACAUCAUCAUGGACAAGUUACCUGAACUUCAGGAUGACAUCAUCAUGGACAAGUUACCUGAACAUGAGGAUGACAUCAUCAUGGACAAGUUACCUGAACUUGAAGAUGCCAUCGAAAGUACUAGUGGUUCAGAAUACCAACCUAGCCAAUCGGAAUCCUCCGAUGGCUCUGAUGAAGAGCCAGAAAAGAAAAGUUCCAAGAUUGUUGAAGUUUUAUACCCAAACUGCUCAGAGUCUGAUGAUGGUAGUGAAAUAUAUCCAAUGCUAGCAUCAUCAUUUAAGGAAAUAAAGACUGUUGUAGGAUCUAGCAAGGAGGUAUCCAGUAAGGAGGUAUCCAGUAAUGAGGUAUCCAGUAAGGAAGUAUCCAGUCAGGAUAGUUCCAGUGAUGAAAGUUUAGAUGAGGAUUGUAUAGUUCGGGAAAAGAGUCAUCCAGGCAUUUAUAUUUCAAAACUUCUGAAAGCUGAUACAACCAAAACUGGAUUAAAAAAGAUAAACAGAGUUUACAACAGUUACCAGUACUGUGGUUUGUGUGAGGAGAAAGUCUCCAAUUUUGCCCAACAUAUAGAAAGGAACAAAACAAAGAUUGAACACGCCAACUCAGCUGAAGUUAAGGAAAUACACAAUGAAACUGAUAAAAAACAGAAAGAUAAGUUACGAACUUUACUUAGAGGAAAAUUUAACAAUCAGUACAAUAUGAAAACUUUGCAAAAAGGUAGAGGUGAAAUCUUCCUGGAACGUCGUCCUUCGUCAUCCUUCAGUUUGCAUGAUUACGGUCCUUGCCCAGGCUGCCUUUUUUGGAUGUCCAAACAGUUGAUUAGAAAACACCAGAAAUCUUGUGUGGCCAAAGCAGAAUCUCACAAUAUACGUCCAUCAUCUGCGCAUUUACUAACUCAAUCAGACACAAUUUCUGGGAGGAUACAACACAUUGCAAGCUCUAAUCUCGUAAAAGAAGUCUUUCAGAUCAUGCACAUGGACGCAAUAGGAAAGGUUGUACGUGAAGAUAGUUUGAUUAUACAGCUUGGUAAUCAGUGGAUGGAGAAGAAUGUCGGCAAUAGACUUAAGAGAGGAAGCUACACUUCUCAGAUUCUGAGGUUAGUUGGAAGAUUACUGAUUAACUUAAGAAACAUUAAGCCAUUGCCAGCUGGAGAGGAACAGAGCCUUUGGAAUUAUCUGAAGCCAUCGCAUUUUGAUGCAAUAGUAGAAGCAACCUUAAUGACCGCUGCACCAGAUAUGGAUGACGAGGAAGAUUUGAAGAAACCGAGCAAUGCAGUCAAACUUGGUUUUGACAUCAAGCGUCUUCUUAAUGGUAAAAUAGGACUGUCGAUUAUUAGGGAGGAUAAAGCAAGCCGAGCUCAUGCCGAGGAUCUUCUCAAGACCAUGGAAGUGUACUGGGGGACCAGAGUAACAAAGUUGUCUCGUGUCUUAUUGGAACAAAGGCACUAUAAUAAGGACCAACAACUCCCAGAACCUUCAGACAUUGAAAAGCUUAACAGAAGUUUAAGUGACUCCAUCAAAAGCUUGGACUUGACAGUGCAAGACUUCCAAAACUUCAUUCAUGUUGCUGAAGUGAUUUCAGCUAAGUUGGUUAUGUACAACCGAAGGAGAACUGGAGAGUUGCAGGCUAUAAGAUUGACUGACUACAAACAAAGGAAGAAAGGACAGUGUGCUGAACAUCUCCUUGGACAAUGCAGUGCGUUUGAAAAGAAACUUUUGGAAAGCCAGGAAGUAAUGACAGUGAGAGGAAAGGUGACCUUUACAGUCCUUUAAUGUUACAUAUUGUUUUGGAAAACAAAGUAGUUAAAACAGUUGAUUCAAUAGAUGAUGCAGUUCUAAUACUUUUUGGUGUUUACUACAUUUUUAACUUAGAGUAUCAUCCGAAAGCAUCACAGACCUUGGAGUUCA